AUGGACGACCCUCCGAAACUCCCAAUCCCUAUUUCUUUCAUAGCAGGCCAAUAUUUUCUUUUUUCGGCUCAAGCGAUCGCUUAUCUGCGUCGAGAACAUCAUAUCUGUGGCGUUCUCACAGGAACCUUACCUCAAAUACCACAACAGAACAUUUUCUUGGGUUUGCCCUUGGAGUUAAUGCCAGAAGAGGCUCGGCUACUUGUCGAGAAAAAUGUCGCAUACCUCGUGGACGACGCAAAAGCACACGUUGAAGGAAUGACGGCUUUGGCUGAUGAAGAUCGACGGCGUUAUAUGCACAACCUGGAACAAGAGGGCCACCGUGCAGCAUUAGUACAAUCUACCAAGAAGGAGCUGCUGAAAGAGACUGCCCUCAAGAAGUCCAAAAAGGCAAAUCAAAUUUCAUCAGUUGAUGUCCAACAGGAUGAACCAGGGCGCACAGAAGAGUCCCUCUUUGGCCAUGUAGACGCCUCUACUAACGAAAUAACCGCUCCCAGUCCAUCUAUCCCAGGCAUACCACUCGGUGUUACCCCUGCAGACUCCCUUGCCCUUUUCCCCAAACCUCCACCCUUGGAUGAAGGUCAUUUGCCAAAGAUACCUUCAUCAUAUCCAUUAUACGCCUACUUACAUUCCGAAGGUUAUUUCCUGUCUCCUGGCCUUCGUUUUGGCUGUCAGUACAUGGCGUACCCAGGCGACCCGCUUCGAUUCCAUUCCCACUUUUUAGUUGUGGCCUCAGAAUGGGAUGAGGAAAUUGAUUUGAUGGACUUGGUUGUAGGCGGUCGUUUGGGCACUGGUGUGAAGAAGGGCUAUCUGAUCGGUGGACAAGUCCCUCCCGAUGAGAACAGUCAAUCGCCUAGCGCAAGAAGUGUGAAGACCUUUAGCUUAGAGUGGGCUGGGAUGUAA